UAUACGUCAAUGUAGAGAACUGAUUACGUCAUGAAAUGACAAAAGUCACGCUUAAGAAAAAUAAACACUAUGUUGAAAGCUAUGAAACUAUUAAACCAGAGCUGGCAUCCCCUUAAAAUAUCCUCGAGGCAGCACCCAUAUCCGGCGCAGUUCAUGUACUUCCUGCGGAACCAGCCGCCGACGCUGUACAGCCGGCUGUCGAACGGCCUCACCGUCGCCACCGAGGAGCGGGAGUGUUGCAAUGUCUGCAUUGGACUCUACGUGGACGGCGGCUCACGCUACGAAAGCAACUUCGAGAAUGGCAUCAGCCACUUCUUUGAGCACAUCGCCUUUAAAGGAACCAAUGCGCGGCCGCAGACCGUCCUCCAGGAGCAAAUGUCACGCACUGGAGCCAGGUUUAAGUGCUUCACCACAAGAGAAAUGGCAGUGUACUUCGCCGAGUGUCUCUGCCCUGAGGUGCCUCUAGUCAUGGAUUUGUUAGCCGACUGUAUCCUCAACAAUAGCUACUUACCAGCGGUCAUUGAACAGCAAAAGAAUAUCGUGUACAAGGAAAUGAUGGAGCACGAUAACGACGUCAAUGAAAUACUGUACGACUACCUACAUGCAACAGCGUUCCAAGGAACACCGCUAGCGCAAACCGUCAUGGGGAACAGCAGUAAUCUGUAUAACUUCACCGACAGCACCAUCUGUUUGUACCACGCCAAGUUCUUCGACCCGGCGCGCAUGGUCCUCGCGGCCGUCGGCGGGAUAACACACGACCAAAUAGUAACGCUGGCUAGCACAUACUUCACAAGGGUUGACCCCAUGAAAUGCAUCGACGCGGACGUGUACAGAUACACGGGAUCUGACGUCAGGUACAGAGACGACUCCUUGCCUCUCGCCAACUGUGUCAUAGCCGUGGAGGCGCCUUGCUUCUGCGACGAGGACGCUGUGCCAAUGCAGAUAGCUGCUGAAGUAGUCAGCGGGUGGGACAAAUCACAACCUGGUGGACUGGAUCACGGGGUGAAGAUGGCUAGAGUGGCAUCUACUUCUGAUUUCUGCGACGCAUACAAGGCUUUUUACGUCAAGUAUAAGGACACCGGUCUUUGGGGCGUGCAGUUUAUGGGUACCACUCUGCAGCUAGAUGACAUGGUGCUGACAGUGCAGGACGAGUGGAUGCACAUGUGCAACACCAUCAGCGAUGCGGAGGUGAUGCGAGCGAAGAGACAGCUCAAGACCAAGCUGCUAUCCAAGAUGGAGAGCUCGGUGGGCACAUGCCACGAGAUCGGACGGUGGUCGCUGUACCACGGCUGCCGGCCGCCGCUACAUGAACUCAUCACCACCAUAGACCACGUGUACGCGAAGAAUAUCCGAGAGACAUGUACCAAAUUUAUAUACGAUAAGUGUCCCGUGGUAGCCGCCGUCGGUCCCACCGAAGCUCUGCCGGACUAUAACAGGAUCAGAGCUGGCAUGUAUUGGUUGAGAAUUUGAAUUAUUUAUGUUUAUGUUAAACAAUAGACUGUAUUUUACUGAA